CCCACACAGACACACACGAGGCCAACAGAGUGUACUGUAUCAGCCUCAUUAUGAAUAAAAAUAAUCCUCAGCUUGUGCUCUGAAGCAGAAGUUACGGUGUUAAAUAGAAUAACUUGAGAUUUCAGUAGAACAACCAAACAGCCUAAAUAUAAUUACUACACUACUUCAUAAUCAAACUUACACCAGACUAAUGCUGUGCUACUGUAUUUCUGCGGCUCCCACAUACAUCUGUAGAUUGAUCUAAACAAAGCUGGUCAGCAGAACUUCAAACUGCACCCAGAGACAUAGCAAGAAGUCUAAAGUCUCACCAGGGGCCUCUACAGGCUGCAAUAUUUAUUACACACUACAACAUUAAAGUGUUGCAUAGAACAAUCUUACAUGCAGUGGUGUAGGAAAGCUUAUAAAGUGCUUAAAUGGUAAUGAUUUGUCCUCUGGGGAGCAUGAAUGUGCUCAGUAAAUGUCCCUGUAAUCUGUCCAUCAGAUUUAGAUAUUUCUCUUAACCAAAGGGACAAUAUGGCCUAACUGGCCUUAGAUGAAAGAUCUAUGGGUCAACAAAUCUGACAUUUGGAUCAAUCCUCUGGGGAUCAUGAAUAUCCACAGUACAUGUUAUUGAAUUUACAUGGCCAAUAGCUUCUAAAAAUAAUUUAUGGAAUUUUGGAUCAAAGCAAUAAGUCAAGAUGAAACUGACCAGACUGUGACACUGUGUGAAAGGUCAAAAGGAGGUCUGCAAAAUCAUCCUCUGGGCAUCAAAUUUCAUGGCUUCUUUGAGAUUUCUCAUUAUGGACGGAAAUGUCAAACCCACUGACUGAAGAAGUGACUGACAGCACCAUCCUAAGACCUCGAUGCAUCUUUGAGUUUGUAAGAAAAAUAGACAGUGUCUUUCUGAAAGAGGGAUCUGGAUAGGGCUGGAUAAAAAACAUAUUUUCCUACUAUGGUGUCAUUCAAAGUUAAUGGACAAGGAAAAAGAGGUGGUUCAGUGUUAAUAAUCAGUUGGACCACCUGAUUUAUGGUAAUCUGUCUGCCAGCAAAUGAUCUGUUAAAAGUUCAGUUUCUGUAGUUUCUUUCUCUGCCUUUGACCUUACUUUUAGAUUCAUUUGACCUUCACAAAAUCCAAGGGAAGCCACAUAUGUUUCAAGUCAGAUGACAUGACAGAAAGGUCAGAAAGCAAAAGUCACUUUCAGCUUGAACCUAUCACACAGACAGCAGCGCUCGCUAACAGUCGGGUGAGAUAAAGACUCCUAACAGAUGGCUUGUAAGUUGACAUUGUCUCUGUGUUUCACAUGCAGACUUGGAGCAAGAUGGCUUCUCCAAGAUCCCGUUCUUCCAUGGCACAGAACCAAAGAACUGCCACUCCUAGGGCUGUAUCGCUCUGAUAUUACACUUAAUAAGCUAACUUGCUGCAUCUAAUACUCAUUUAAGAGCUACAGUAUCUUUUAAGUUGAUUACUGUAAAACGCUACCUUGCACUCAUGAGCAAGAUAGCGCAGGUUAAUAAAACAUGAGUCGAUCAUUUAACUGCGACAGUUAAGAGACAGAAAUGUACUUUAAACCUGUUGUCUCUUUAUGCAAAUGAGGUUGUUUGCAGUUUUGUUAGUUUAACAUGAAAGCUAGUGCACAAUAUGCCUUGGAGGUCCUGUAAAUAAUGGAAAUUUCCAGAAAAGCAGUACUCAUGUCUGUCCUCCUGCUGUCUCAUAGCUAGGCUGGGACUCAGGACAGCAGGACAGCUGCCGUCUUCCUAUAGUCCUAUAUAGUUAUAUACUUUCACGUUGUAUCUUUCCGGAUCCACAAAAGACCAGGACAUCACAGCACUGUCAGCAUCACACCACACUGAAUAGACAUGGAUUACACUAUUCGCGCAGCCAACGUGGAGGACUGCAAGGACUUAACACGGAUGAUCAUGGAAUUGGCUGAAUAUGAUAAAGUCUCAGACGAAAUGACAAUCACAGAGAAAGACUUGGAGCAAGACGGCUUCUCCAAGAACCCGUUCUUCCAUGGAAUCAUUGCUGAGGUUCCUGAACAGCACAGAACCAAAGAAGGCCAUACGAAGAUAGGCUAUGCGCUUUACCACUAUUCCUACAGCACACUGGGGCGCAGGUCUGUGUUUAUGAUGGAGCUGUAUGUGAUGCCUGAGUUCAGAGGGAAGGGCAUCGGUAAAGCACUCAUGAGCAAGGUAGCGCAGCUGGCCCUGGCUGCCGGCUGCACCGUGCUCAACUUUAUCGUUCUUGACUGGCACAAAUCAUCUCUGGACUUUUACUUUAAGCAGGGCUGCAUCAACGCCACGACUGACUUGGGCUACCACUGUAUGAUCUGCAGUGGAGAGGAUUUUGAGCACCUGGCCCAACCUUAACCCAACACCGGGCUCACAACCUCUUGAUCUUUGUAACCAUGAGGUCGACUCACACAAUGCGGGGAUAGAGCGCCACUCAGAGGCACCGUUCCAAAACUUGACAAUCAUAUUAUACAUGAUAAUGGUGGUAGAUUAAUCGCUCAAAAUACUCAAACAAAAGGGUUUUUAUUUCACAUACAAGUAAACAAAAGCAGGCUUCUCAUUUCUAGUUAGCUAGUGUUAGCUUAUUGAGUUGGCUGAAAACUGAGUCUCCAGUCAAUAUUUUGAUAUUUUCAGCUCUUAUUUUAAAAUGAGAAUGUUGUAAAAUGCACAUGAUGGCUACAUACUACAGCAGGGUUUGUCUUGCAGUGUAGAACUAAUUAGAUAAAGUAAAUUUAGAUUGGAUAAAUAAAAAAAAUAUAAUAAUUUA